AUGAACUCGCCAAUCACCCAGCUCCCCAACGAGGUCAUCCAGGCCAUAUUCUCAUACUUGCCGUUUGACGGCAAUGUCGCUCUGGCACAAACCUGCCGCCGCCUCGCAGAUGCCGCCCAGGAACCCCUCCUGUGGAAGAAAUACUGCCAGGACUCAUUCAGGUGGUGGGAUCGACGACAUGGCCAUGCGGACAAAAUCCGAGACGGCUCAUUCUUAGGGUGGAAGGACAUGUUUAUGAGACGCCACAGGACGUCCCGGACCACUCGACAAGCCCUGGACAGAAUCAUCUCCGAGGAGAUCGGACGACUGGACUCGAUGAAAAUCAUCCUGGAGGCGGGCUACGACGCCAAGGACGAACUGUUCAACAUGUUCUGGAACGCCCCCUCGUCCCCGAACAAUCUUGCCCAGGCAUACUGGAGUCAUGCUGCCCUCGGCUGUGUGCAAAGACUGUUGGCGGUCGAGGAAUGGACGGCCAUUAGAGCAGCCGGGCACGGCGAGAACGCCGUUGAACGGGCGUUGUCUGCUUUCGAUAUGUUUAUCCUCGCAGAACGACCCGAGGGGGACAUGUCGGAUAUUGUUGCUCGGCUUGAUUCCUACGUGGUUUCUGUGCGGGAGGCCCACCCCCAUAUCGACGAACUGUCGCCACGGAACAGAGCGAGCGUUGUCGCAGAACAUCUGCUGCAGAACAAAUGGGUAGGUAUCCAGGAUGGUCGGCACUACCACAGCCUAGACCAUAUGUUCCUCGGGGUGUCUUUGUUCAGCACUAACAGAAACUCGGUACCACUGAUCUCGGCCGUCAUCUUCUGCUAUGUGGCUCGUCACUUCAACCUGCGUGCUGACGCUUGUAGCUACCCUUUCCACGUCCAUGCCGUCGUGCAGCCCCCGCCUGGAUUCGACCUCGACGGCCAACCUCUCCCAGCGUCUGCGAGUGAAGAACCGUCCGACUUGACACACCUCUACAUGGAUCCGUUCCACAAUUCGGAACCGAUCUUCCGGUCGACGUUGGAGGCACAGGUCAAAUUCAUUACUCCGGGCGCCACAGCCACCCAGACUGCCGCAUACCUGUCGCCGGCGUCUGCCCGGGACCUGGCCGUGCGGAACGCACACAACAUCUUAUCUUCACCGUCUCACGAUCCUGACUCUCCGUUGUAUCCGAUUCAGGCCAACUUGGCCGCCUAUGCAUCGCUGUUCGCGCUCGUGGUCCUCGCAUCCCAUCCAGUCUGGCACCCCGCCCACUUGCGCCAACAUCUCGCGGUCCUCACACAGCACUUUCUGGAAUAUUUUGACCUGGACAUCCAUCUGUUCGAAACCCAUGUCCUCCCCCUCACGUACACGCUGCCAGACUCCCGUGCCUACCGAGAUCUGAUUUCUCGGCUGAAGGAGUCGGAUCACGAGCCCCGGCCUCCCAAAUAUCGAUCGGAUCCGCGCAACUCCUCGGUCAAGUACGGGAUAGGACAGGUCUUUACCCACCGCCGUCGUGGUUAUCUGGGCGUGAUUUACGGGUGGGACCCCUAUUGUCGCAUGCAGGAGCAGUGGAUCACCUUGAACCAAGUCGAUCGCUUGCCCAACGGGAGACAUCAGCCCUUCUACAAUGUGCUUGUGGAGGACGCGUCGACGCGGUAUGUGGCCGAGGAAAACGUGGUGCUGCUGUCUGCGGCGGAGGCGACGGAGGACCGUAUCAGCGCUUUCCCCUUUGAGAUCGGCAAGUGGUUCAAGCGGUUUGACCGUGAGACGGGGAGAUUUGUGAGUAACGUGAGGGAAGAGUACCCCGAGGAUUAG